GAAAGGAAGGAAGUAAAAAGGCCAGCCAAACCAGCGGCGACCAGUAACGCCAUUUAAAAACCUUCCGCGUUCCGCCUCCCUCCCCGUUCGAUCCCCGUCUCCAAUCCCCGUUCGCCUCCGCUCCCCGUACAGGCCGAGGCGGCGAGCCCCAGCCCCCGCAAACCCUAGCCCUCCACCCAACAUUUCCUCUCUCCGCGCGCUCCUCGCCAGAGGAAGCGCCGCCGCCGUUGGUUUCGUCCCCGAUCCGAGCUCCCCCGCUAGGGUUUUUGUCGGCCAUGGACGAACUCGACCGGGAGCAGCAGCGCAUCGGCGGCCACCCCUACGCGCUCGAGGUGGGCUCCUACUUCCUGAGCGGCUACUACAACGUUCUGGCCAACACCCCGGACCUGGCGAGGCAGUUCUACAAUAGGAGCAGCACGGUGGUAAGGCUGAACUGCGAAACGAUGGAGUCCUCGUUUGGGGAGACCCUUGAGGAAAUCAAUGAAAUAUUGAUGUCCAUGAAUGUACAUAAGGUCGAGGUUAAAACGGCAAAUUGCUUGGAGUCAUGGGGUGGAGCGAUCUUUGUGUUGGUUACUGGCCUAGUGCAGUUGAAGGGGCAACCCUCUCGCAAGAGAUUUUCUCAGAGUUUUGUUCUUGCUCCUCAGAUCAAACCAGAUGGAUUUUUCGUAUGCAGUGACAUCUUUAAGCUCAUCUGUGAUGAGUAUGAUGAUCAUUACAGAGUUACUGAAUACAGUUAUGCUGACAACAUAGCCCAGAUGGCUGUUCAUAAUAUUACCGCUGAAACAGCAUAUGGUUAUGUGGCUGAAGAACUUGAAACAGAGAGGUUUGCAGCUCCUGCUGAUACUAAGGAAAGGGAUGGUGGUAUUAUAUAUGAGAAUCAUGAAAUGCCGCAGCAAGAUCCUUUGGAGUUUGAGGCUGCAGUCAACGAAGAUACUCACUUUGAAGAUCCUGCCCCCGCACUGGACGCUCUUGCUCCUUCCCACCCUGCUUCCCCACCUACACCACAAGAAGAGCCUGUGGGAGAACCACCUAAGCAAACGUAUGCUUCAGUGCUGCGAGCAAAAUUACACCCUGAUCAUCAGGCUGUUCAGCCCACUCCUCACAACAAGUCGACGACGGAGACUGCAGAAUCACGGCUGGGUGGACAGGUGGCUCAGGCUGUCCCAAUCCAAGAAAAAUCGAACUUGGACACUCGUCAGGAUGUCAGCACCCCUGGGGACGAAGAAGAGUUCCUAUCAGUGUAUGUUGGUAAUCUUUCACCAUCUACUUCCGUCUUCGACCUUGAGAAGGUCUUUCAGGCAUUUGGAAAAAUUAAACCCGAUGGAGUUGCUAUACGGAGUCGCAAGGAGGCUGGAGUUUUCUUUGGCUUUGUUGAGUAUGAAGACAUGGGCGGUAUUCACAGUGCUUUGAGUGCAUCUCCAAUAGAGUUGAAUGGGCGUUUAGUACAUGUUGAGGAGAGGAGGCCCAACAGUGGAGUUUCUCGCGGCGGAAGACGGGGGCGAGGAAGAACUGAUUUCUCAAGGGGUGGACGCUAUGAAGGAGAUUAUGCUGCUCGGUCAAAGGGUAAUGGGUACCAAAGGAGGGGUGGACGUCAGUAUGACGGUUACGACUAGUUUAGCACUUGCUCUGCUAGUGAAUGGUCGUAUCCCAUUUGGUGCUCUCUACCUGGUGCGGUUCUGGCCAUAUUUUUGUCACAACAAAGCGCGAUUUUCUGGAGAACUUGCGUUUUGCUUAGCUGGUAUUGAGCAUGACUCGUUUCUGGAUGGGAGAUUCUUUUAUCUUUUUGAUACAUGAUAGCAGUUUAUGCCGCAUAUCUGGUAUGACCGAAAUCCUAGCUGCCGUGACAUGGAAAAAGUUAUCAUCUUUUUCAUCUGUGUCCAUUUGAGAACACUGUCAAAAUAUACCCUCAACGGCUUUAAUAAUCUUCAGGGCUUUACUUGUUGCA